AUGGAUGAAAUGUCAAUUUCUCAACAACAAAACGUUGAGUUUGUUGGUCAAGUACCAACCACGAAACAUGACGAAUAUACACAAACUCCAAAUUCAUUUUUUAAUUCAGAAAUUGAGGAAUGUGUUGUAGAAAACAGAGAUGAUAAUAAUGUACAUCAAUUAAAUGGUAAUGAUGAUAUAUUUUUAUUUCAUAAUGAUCAUAUUAAUAAAUUAAAAGAUCAUGAUUUACACCGAUUUUCUGACGAUGAUGAUGAUGUAGAGGGAAAUUCUGAUGUUGAAUUUGAUUUAUGUAAUGAUAAGUUUGAAGCUGAACGACCUCCCAAUGCUACUGAACUUUCGGUAAUGUUACUUUUUGUUUGGAGGCAGCAUUCUAUGAGUAAAGCUGCCGCAAAUGAUAUUUGUCGAAUCUUAAAUACUCUGAACAUUCCGAACAUGCCAACAAAUUUUCGUGGAGUGAUAUCUCACGUCAAAAAAAAUAAUCCUACACUACUUCACGGUAACCAUUCGUUUAUUUGUCCAUCCUGUUUCACCAAAGGUUCAAAUUGUUCGAAAUGUGAUGUCAGUGGAUGUAAAUCUGCUUCAUCUUAUGUUCGUACACCAACAUCAGUUUUCACAUUUCCACUCGUACCUCAGAUAAUUUCGAUACUCGAACGAGAAUAUCUUGUUUCAUCCACAUACGUAUCUGGUCAAUGUUCCGAUAUAGUAAAUUCUCGACGUCAUCAAGAAAUAAUAAUGAAAGAAAAACAAAUUCAUCCAGAUAGAAAUAUAAUUACUCUUACACUUAAUAAUGAUGGAGUACUGAUCAAAAGAAUUUCUCGCUCAUUAUGGAUCACAUGUGCGUGUAUUAACGAAUUACCUAGACAGAAACGUUUUCAAAUUAAUAAUAUAUUAAUAUUAUCCAUUUCAACAGGAAGUGAAAAACCGAAAAAAAAAGAAUAUUCUAUAAUAUUACAAGAUAUUGUAAUAGAAUUAAGAUUUUUGGAAAAUGUCGGGUUUGACGUUAUUUUACCAACAAAUGACACAACCAAUAAAAACAAGUACACACAUUUUCACGCAUUUGCCAUUUCAGCUGUUUCUGAUAAACCAGCACAGUCUCUCAUGCUAAACAUAAAAGAUUCAACAGGCUAUUUCAGUUGUGGUUGGUGCUGCAUAACAGGUUAG